UUUCUGUACAAUAACAUGAAGGCGCUGCUGGUCGUCUCUGGGUCGACAGAGGGCGCUAUCGCAGGUGAAUACAGAGACAUCGUAAGCAGCAGAAGAAGAAGAUUCACUGCUAAUAACAAACAGGUGACCUGUCUUCUCUCUGUGAGUGUGCUGGAGAUGAGCUUCACUCUCCGCCUCCUGGUUUCCCGCGGUGACUGCUAUCAUGGACGCCUUUUGCUCGUAUGGUCUCAGUCGGUCCGAUCGCUGAGCUCUAGUCCUCGAAUCAGCCGCAGCCUGCAGGAGAGCUACCAGCUUCUGCAGCUGCCUGAUGAGGGCAGCAGCAGUCCUGCGCAGGUGAAAGAGGCCUACCUGCGUCUCGCCAAGCUCUACCACCCUGACUCGGGGGCGCCAACCGCAGACGUGGUGCUGUUUGCUCGGGUCGAGGAGGCGUACCGUGCCGUGCUGGCACAUCAGAGCAAAGUCAAGCAGCUGAGCAGAGAGAAGGAAGCUGAAGAUGAAGAUAAGUCCAGAGGUGCAGCACUCCAGCACAGACACUACCUCAGCUACGAGGGCGUGGGCACAGGCACGCCCAGCCAGCGUGAGCGUCAGUACCGGCAGAUUCGUGUCGACCGGGCAUCCGAGCAGGUUUUAAACUACCGACAGCAGGAGCACGAGAGGGCGGCGGCGGGCGAGGGGGCGCUGGUGGAACGAGACAUGCGCCAGCGCAGCCGCAAAAUCAAGGUCACCCAGGCGGUGGAGCGGCUCGUGGAGGAUCUGAUUCAGGAGUCGAUGGCCCGCGGAGACUUCAGGAACCUGAGCGGCGCCGGAAAGCCUCUCAACAAGUUCGAGCACAAUCCCUACGCCGACCCCAUGACCCACAACCUGAACCGCAUCCUCAUAGACAACGGUUACCAGCCCCCCUGGGUCGUCACGCAGCGUGACAUCAGAGAGGCCACCACUCAGAUCCGAAGCAGGCUGUUGGACGGGCGGGCCCGGCUCAGUGACCCCGUGACUCCCAGAGAAAGCCGGGAGUGGGAGGAGCUAUGCGCGUCAGUGGAGGAGGAGCUAGUCAAACUGAACAAGCUGGUAGACAAUUAUAACCUGAUCGUGCCGAUGCUCAGCAUGCAGAUGGUUCACUUCAGUUUGUCCCGAGAGAUCGAGCGCGCCGUGAAAGGAGCUCGCCAACGCCAACUGCAGCAGCAAACGGAGAGAGAGAGGGAGCGCGAGAGGAGGAAGGAGGAGAAGAAACGAGCCAACGCCGCAGCGAUGACAAAGAACAGAAAACACGGACUCGUGUCGUGGAUGCAGAAUUUGCUCCAAUAAAAAAACAAACACAAUUGUGUUUUUUAAAUUAACCAGCACCAAAGGCCUGCCCGAAGGCACCGAAGCUUCAUCUGAGUUAUUAAAUUAUUACAGUAAUUUCAGUGGUCACCAGGACAUAAACACUGCAUGUGCACGAUCACAGGUCAAAUCAGCUGACUCUGCCCAAAAAAAGGAUUUAAAAAUCUUUAUUUCUCCCUGGACGUUUGUUUCUAACAUCAGCUUUGCUGUUGGAUGGUUUCCCAUAGAUUUCUGUUCAGAGGCCUGAAGUACAAAGCAUCUUCAGGUAGAAUGUCACCUCAGGUUGUGGUUAUACUGGUUAUACUGGGGAAAACAGAACAUAAAAACCCACAUCUACUGACCAAUCAGAAGAUGUGGUUUUGUCAUCUUUCCAUUCUGAUUAGAUAAAAUUUCUGGUCUUACUAAAAAACCCUGAAAAACCACCGUCUUAUAUACGGAACCUCUGAGGUGGCGUUUACAUUUAAAAGCAGGACCAGAAAGAUUUAUUUAUCACAAUGUUGGUUUAGAUGGAUCAUUUUUACCUGUAGGUGGGAAAUGUAAUAAAAGACCAAAGUGCUGAGGAGCUGCUGACAGAAUUCAGUCAAACAAACCGUUUUGGUGUCGGCUUGAAGGAAGCAGAAUAGAUGAAUCUGAUGUAACUAACAGACAGUUAAGCAGACAAUAAGCAGUAAAUAUUAUUUCACAUCUUCUGUAAAUUUUAACUAAAGUUUUCACCACUAGGGGGCAGUGUGCUGCUCUGCUGUUAACCUUUCACACCUCUAUGUGUGCGCCUAAUGACAAACUCAUCGCCAUCUUGUGGUACAGUUUGGUAUUACACAAAAAUACAGCCCAGCCCAAAUGAAACACCUCUUUAUCGUCUCUUUACUAGUUUUGUUUGGAGGUUUUAAACUGUUUUUGAAUUCAAAACUUUACCAUAAAUACUUUAAGGGUCCAACUUGGAUCCAGCUGAAUAACAAAAAGAUUUAAAUGUUCUCGACUUGAUGCUUUUCCCUCCUUAUGGUGAGGAGGGAAAAGCAUCUUCCAUCCCAAAGGGGGUGGACACCUGGUGUAGCUAACAGAUAGGUGGUAUGUAAGGUGAUGUCAGGAAAGUUGAGGUUUUAAACUUUAAAAAGGCUCAUCAUUUUGGAUCGGUCCUUGAAUUCUGUAGAUAUCCAGAAGUCAGGGUAUCAGUACCAAAGUGGAA